AUGGCCGUUCUCUUCUUACAAUGCUUUAGCAACAAACCUUGAGGCAUAGCAAGAAAUGUGUCGAAAAGGUGGAACUGUCCUGCUGAGACUAGUCGCUGCACUGUUUUGUGCUGCAAAAUAAUAUGACUUCAAAUGUACCGUUUAGUUAGUCUCUAAUCUACAUGAGGUCUGAGUUUUGUUGUUAGCUAAAAUACCUGCCAGCCGGCUAGUGCGUUAGCUGCAAAGCCGAGAGACCGAGCCACCUGUCAUUGACCACUGCUCGUUAAAGUCUGCUAAUGGGAAAUAAAUAGGACCUCAAGCCAGAAGAGAGCUGCGUUUUUGUUUCGGAAGCAGUUUAUUAACCGGUAACCUCGCGCCUAAAUGCCCGAACAAGGCCCCAGGAUGAAUGGGUUUUCUCUCGGCGAACUGUGCUGGCUGUUCUGUUGUCCGCCCUGUCCCAGUCGCAUCGCGGCCAAGCUAGCUUUCCUCCCACCGGAGCCCACGUACUCGGUGCACACCGAUGCCAACGGGGUAACUAGCCUACAUUUAACCGAACGGGCGGACUGGCAGUACUCCCAGCGAGAGCUCGAUGCAGUGGAGGUGUUUAGCACCAGAAGCAGCCGGGGUAACCGGGUUGGGUGCAUGUUUGUGCGCUGUGCCCCGAACAGUCGCUACACGCUGCUGUUCUCUCACGGUAACGCCGUGGACCUGGGGCAGAUGUGUAGUUUUUACAUCGGCCUCGGUUCCAGGAUCAACUGCAACGUGUUUUCCUACGAUUACUCAGGCUACGGAGUCAGCACUGGCAAGCCCUCUGAGAAGAACUUGUAUGCGGACAUCGAGGCGGCCUGGCAGGUCCUGAGGAACAAGUAUGGUGUAACACCUGAGAACAUCAUCCUUUACGGUCAGAGCAUCGGCACCGUGCCUACCAUCGACCUGGCUGCUCGUUAUGAAUGUGCUGCUGUCAUCCUACACUCACCACUCAUGUCAGGGCUAAGAGUGGCCUUCCCUGACACACGGAAGACCUACUGCUUUGAUGCUUUCCCCAGUAUUGACAAGGUGUCCAAGGUGGCGUCCCCAGUGCUGGUGAUCCAUGGUACAGAGGACGAGGUGAUCGACUUCUCCCACGGCUUGGCCAUGUACGAGCGCUGCCCUCGUGCUGUCGAGCCCCUGUGGGUGGAGGGAGCCGGCCACAACGACAUUGAACUGUACGCUCAGUACCUGGAGAGACUCAAGCAGUUCAUCUCCUUCGAGCUUCCCACCUCCUGAGGGGAGCUCAUCGCUUAGACCAGGGUUCAUCUCAACACACUCAAGAAGCCUCCUCCUUAUCAUCUCCCCACUUUCUCUCUUAGCAUAGAGGCAGGGCUGGAGUGAACUUAUCACACUGUUCUCGCCCUGUCCUUGGAGCCAUUCCAGGGUGGGAAUGUGAAGUGGACUGGAAGAGGGGGUGGUUUUAGAUUGUUGAGGUGCAGCCGAGGGUAAGGCCUGUAUCAGCCAGGCUUAGGCUUAACAUGUCGUGUCCUCAAAACCUGGCUGGUGCUCCUACAUGUGGACACAGUUUGCCAAUGAACCCGGGACUAUACGGUGUUUGCACUUGCUGCUCAGUUUGGAUUCAUUUCCCACUCCAGCUCUCAGCCUCUUCCCUUCCUGUCCUCACUCUGUCCCUGCACCUUUCCUGUGUCAGUGUCUCCCUCUGUGAACUCCAGUCUGUCACAUUUCCUUGUUCUUCCCUCAUUUUCCCACGAUCCUUUGUUUUUCUUUUGACUGAGAGUCUUGUCCAAGCUUGAUUUUUGUAUUCUUUUAUACCAGCUGAAGAAGUAUCAAUUUUGCACCUCAAGAUGCAAUUGAAGUUUUUUUACUUUUUCUGUUUUUUUUUUUACGUUACCAUUCAGGGUUGAUUAAACAAUUGCACUUUUAAUGUGCAGGUAUUUUCAGGUAAUGAUUUUUUCUGUGUUUGGAUAUGUAUAUGUUGAUUGCUUUUAUCGCCAUUCCAUGUUUUUCUUAAUUACAGGUGGAAGUUUUUGUUCACUGGGUGUGUGUGCUUAAAAACUGUUACCCAGAGUGCACUCCUGCACAUCUGGACUCUGUAGCUGUUAUCUUUGUUGUCCAGAUGCAUGCUACUCUCUCAUACAGGGAACCUAUAAUGCCAAAUUCCAUUUAGAAAUCUAGCAAAUUUACCACAUGCCUUGCUGUGGCAAACACAUAGAAUUAAAUAAAUAAAAUGACUCAAGUCCUUGAAUACUUUGGAGCCACUGGUAAACUCAAUAAAAUGUCAACAUUCAGAAUUGCUUUGCUUGUUCAUAAUAAUUGUUUAAGUGAUACACAAUGAAAGGUGGCUGUAAAGGGCAGCGUGAACCUGAAGUGUUUUUUGAAAUGCAUUGUGACCAGUGGAGGCCUGAAUGAUUCAUGAAAUGGCUCGGCAGAUCAUUAAGUAAACUCAUUUUAACUAUCUGUGUUGCAGAAUAUGAACACAUCUUGACAUCCCAGCACCUGGUGGUUUUCAUCGUUAAAAAAGCGAUAUUGCUCGAUAAUCAUUUUGUGGAUACAUCAAAGUUGUCACUUAUUGUAUCCGUAAAUUGUGUCACACCAGGUGAAUACGUUUGUCACUCAGCAAUGCAGAAGUGAGUGUCCCUAAAACUGGAUAAUACAGAAGCUUACCUCAGUAGAAGAGAGAGCAGCAGGUAUCGGGCCUAUGCUUCGGUUAACUGGAGAUCAUGUGGUAAGAAGACUUGACAGCUAUUUGAAACAGAAGCACACUUGACAAAGUACUGUAAACUCAAGCCAGGAACGUGGUGCUGGGUUUACCUGCAGACAGAUGACACUGGACUGUGAACUCUGCUCCAUUCGAAGGUAUUCAAGUUGAAUUUAGUGUGUGCUUAAUUUGUCAUUUGACACUACAAACAAAGCCUUAUGUUCUUAGACAUUUCACCCAGCCCUGUCGACUCCAGCAGGGCUCUCGUGGUCUUCAGGGGGACUGAUAACUGCUGCUAUUCAUCAGAAGAAUCAAUCAGUCAAUCACUGUGAAAGCCGGACAGUUUGGGGAACACUGAAAUGACAGCAAGGUACUACAACCAAAUUUGCCCUGACCGCUGUCAUCCCCUGGUGUCAGCCAUGUGUUCCUGCCUGCAGUCAAGAGGAGUCAGCCAGGGAUGCCCUCUUUUACCAACACUGUUGUCUGCUGAGCUCUGUGGUAGUUUGCUCCUAUCCCAGCUCGAACUCCAAAGACAUCUGAAAGAGCCCUGAAGGCGAAAUGGAAUGUUGUGGAAGUAAGCAACGCAUGCAAAUCACCUCUCGUAGUUGUGGACAUUUCAACUUGUAUCAACUGUAUUUGAAUUAUUAGUUCUUUUCCGACAGCAAAUGAAGAAAAAAAAAUCAAGUAAAACACUAAAAAAUGAAGUUCAACACUAAAAACUGAAGUUAAUCACAUGGGGGUGGGGGGGUAGUAUAACACUAUCAGACUGAAGUACAUGCUGAAAAUGUUUUCAGACAGAAUCUGAAGGAUGUUUGAAACAACUUGUGAUGAUCAUUGAAUUGAUCCGUGUAUUGCUGUGAAGUGGUUUGUCAGUUGGGUAUUAGUGUUUUCUUACUCUAUCUAAUGUCGGGCCAAUGUUUUUGGAUAACGAGCCCUCGAUCAUCUCUAGUAUAUUUCCUCUAGCUCCUUUUUUUGAAGGAAAUGAAGACCCUGCUUUAGUCCUGAUUAUUGUUUUGAUACGGACAUUUUUACGAGGUUUUCCAGUCUUAAUGUUGAUAGAUUUACACUGUCUCUGAAGCUGGUUUGUACAAUAAUCCUCUGUGAUAGUAUACUUCAAUAUCUUCUCUAUACAUAUUAGCCCUUACACAGGGCGGUCUAGUCUCAUUGAUUUUAACACUGGAAUCACAAUAUGCAAAUGAAAGGAAGAUGAAGCUUGUAGAAUCCAGUUUUGGUAAUAGUGUGUUAAAGCAGAUGAAAAAAGCCUUAAACAUGCCGUAAAACAGAUUGUCAUAUACAUGUGGUGGUUGUUGCAAGAAAGCAGCACAAUGGAUGUUUUAAUGCUUAUAAUGAAAUAAAGGAU